AUGGCUGAGACGGCUCACAGCUCAUACCCGCGCUCCCCGAAUCUCUCGACACGAUCGUAUGAUUCCUCGUCUGUCUCGUCGGCCACGUCUCCGCGACCGCAUUCCCAGUAUACUGGCGUGCUAAGUCAUAGCCGCCAGCCUCAGCUGACUGCGCACUCUCCGCACCUCGGCGGCAUGCCGUCGCUGCCCUCGGUCAAUCAUGGGUUUCCGCCGUACUCGCCCGUGCCGUCGGGCAUGAUGGGCCGCGAAUCAAUUGGUUCCAGUGACUCCAUGGGGCACCACAACAGCAUGUCUCUCUCCGGCAGCCUUGGCCCCCAGGCCCAGAAGCGAGCAUAUCGCCAGCGAAGAAAAGACCCCAGUUGCGAUGCUUGCCGGGAGCGCAAGGUCAAAUGCGAUGCUACCGAAACUGCCAGCUGCUCCGAGUGUUCAAGUCGCAACGUCAAAUGCCAGUUCACCAAGGAAACGAAUCGUCGAAUGUCGUCUAUUAAGCAAGUUCAAGAUCUCGAGAAACAAAUUGAACGGGUCAAACGCGACAACACACAGCUGCGGCGCAUGCUCCAGGAUCGAGAUGUCUCCAUGGACAUGGAAGGUGAGAAUGGCGACCAGUCGCUCUACCAGAUGCCCGUCAUCGACCCCGAACCGCGACCCAAGCGACGUGGACCGAUAAUGCCUGAACUUGGCCGAGCUAGGUCCAACCUUCGCAGUGCGGCAAAGGGCGUGUGGAAGCCUCCUCAGAUGCAUCGCUACUUGUCGAACCCGCCUAGAGAUUGCGCCAUCCCGGAACUUCCUCCAAGAGCCCUGGCAGAUCAGCUCCUGCACACUUAUUACAACUCGCUGCACACCAUGUUCCCAAUCGUUCAUCUGCCAACCUUUCGUGCCACGGUGGAUGACCUGUACAGGAAUCCCCGCGGACCGGCGCCUUCUGGCUGGCUUUCCAUGUUUUUCGCCGUCCUGGCUGCUGGCGCUCUCUUCAGUCUCGACCCUCCCGCAACAACCCACCGCGUGGCUGAGCUGCUAGACACAGCACGCGGUCUGAUUGAUCCGUGGAAUAAUGCAUUUACGCUUGACGACGCCCGCACUUACAUCAUCAUUGCAGUUUGCUUGGACGAGAUGAACUUGAAGUCGGCAGCCUGGAACUGGCUCGGGAAUGCUAUCCGCGCCGGCCAGGAUCUUUGCCUUUACACGGACACGGAAAACUUUCCCAUCAUCGAGGGAGAAAUGCGCUGUCGAACCUGGUGGGCCAUGUAUGUGCUGGACAGAACGCUUGCCACCGAGCUUGGUCACCCGUGCUUAAUCAACGAUGCCGACUGCGACGCGCGUUUGCCGGCUGCUGUUGAUGAUCACUACGUGCGCGACAACGGAAUGCAUGUGCCAAACGGGGCCGAGCCAUUGACGCACUCGCUCUUGGCAAUCAUCCAUGUUGUGCGCUCCUACACGUCUGUUCUCAAAGCCAUUGACAGCCCGAAAGUCCCGUCCGCGCAUCUUGCAGCAUUCGACAGCCACUUUCGCAAGUGUCUAAACACUUUCCCGCCAGCUUGCGACCCGUCUAGUACUGUCGCUUUAGCUGCGCACUUUCUCCCACCCCUGGCUUAUCUACUCCACGUUCGACUUUUGUUGCACAGGCACAACCUCGCUCCUAGCUGCAGUCCGGAAGCGCGAUUUGCGGCUGUUGAGAACUGUACGCAUAUUGCUAUGGAGACUGCUUCCCUCAUUGCCCGAACUACCGCUCCUGCCGAGGGGGCAACGGCGCUUCUCGCAACGCAUCUGUUUCGUUGUUCCUUGUUUCUGCUGAUGGCUGGGCAAUUUGAUCAAGCUAUUACUUGUACGCGAGCACUGGCUUCUGUUGAAGGGCUUCGUGAUGUGGUGAUGCCCUGCGGCCGAUACAUUGCCUUCUUUUCCAAUCUUCUUGCCUCCAAACGCGCAGAGCACGCCAGCCACAUUGCCCGCACUACGGGAUCUACUUCGAUACCACAGUCUCGAAUCCAGGCCGACAACUCGGCCCUCUUGCUAUCGCUCACCAGAGACGAAGAGCUCCUGGUAUACGUGUCUGCUGAUACCCAAGCUGCCCCUUCAAGAACCUGGGUUUGGACCAUGGUUGAGCGAUCUGAGCCGACUGCGACAAACUCACCCAAGCCCCCAGGCGUUUCGACAUCCUCCAUCUUUCAGUCAGAACAGCGCACUGGGCUGACAAAUUCUGAACAGCGAGAAUGGGGAGGAUGGGCGCAUCUCGAAUCCACUAUUCGUUCACUCACUUCACACAAUGCAGGAUGGACACCGCUACCGCCACAGAAGAUCAAGACCGAGUCGCCUGCCUCGGCCGGACUAGACGCUCCCAAGCACGCAGAGCCGCCCCGAUUUACGUCUGAACCCAAUUAUGGCCGCGGUGCCAACACAAGCCCGCCUCCAAAUACUCAAAAAAGGGGCAAUGACCGCUUGAGCAUUGCCAACAUAAUCUAG